AUGAGUGGGAUGUACGAGAAGUAUGCAGAGGCAAUGGCAAAACGUAAACCUGUGGAAGGGACGAAUGGGGAGCGGGUGGCGCUGUCGUUUCCUGCGCUGGGACUGGACGACAGGUUUGUGAAAGCACUGCAGAGGGCGUUCCCAGAAGUGGAAAAACCGACUGCUGUACAAGAGAAGGUUAUCCCAGAGAUACUGGGUGGGAAGGAUAUCCUGCUGAAGGAUUUGACGGGGUCUGGAAAACAAGACAAAUUUGUUGAACAGGACAGGUCGUUUGGACUAGUGCUCGGACUACUGAAUAAACCUCGUAUGAUUAUACACGACGAGAAGGGGGGCAGAAAGAGAGUUAUUACGACACUGUUCAUUGUGCCGCAUCGAGAUCUUGCUCUGCAGCUGCUACGGUGGAUCGAACGGGUAACGGAUGCGUUGCGGCCGUCGCCGCCGCUUCGGUCGAUUGCACAAGUGCUGGUGCGGGUCGGAGGGGGAACGCGUGGGCUAGAAGAGCUGAAGGAGACUGCGCCACACAUCCUGAUCUGCACGCCACAGGCGCUAAUGGAUGUAUAUGAGCGUGAGCGGGAAGCGCUACGACUGGAGACUGUGAGGACGGUGGUGGUGGACGAGGUGGACUGCCUGAUUGAGAGUGAUCCGCGGAAGGUGCAGAAGCACGCGGGAGCGACACGGACGAUUCUGGAUGUGAUAUACGCGAAGCGACUGAGGGCCGCGACGCAGCAUGAGGAGGAGGACGAGGACGAGGAUGGCGAAAUUGACGGCGCGCCGGAUGACCUGCCGCAGCUGAUCAUGACGAGCGCGACGCUUACUGUGCGGUUCCGCGACUACCUGCUCAGAGAAUGCCACUGGCUGAACCGGGGGAAUCUUGUCAAAGUGCGCGGUGACGGCGAGGGCGACGAGGCGGGGCGGGUGCUGCACUCGCUGCUGGUAGUGCGCCCGGAUGGGACGGUGGUGAACGCGGAGGGCGCACGCGAGCCGCCACCAAGAGCCGCACGCGAAACACUCGCCGUCGAAGAUGAGCGUCAAGACCCAGAUGACCACGAAAGUAAGUCUGACUCCUGCCCUGACCGCCGCGUAGAAUACGCCCGCACGCAGUCGCCGUUUAACCCGCACGCAGUCGAGGCGAUCGCAACCGCAUUUGCGCUGGACGUGCCGCAGAUAGCGCUGGUGGUGGUGGGGUCGAGCGCGCCGGUGCAGCGGAUGGUGUACGAGCUGCGGCAGCUGGGGGUGAAUGCGGAGGCGCUGGAUCUGCUCGUAGAACGGCGGGGGCGGGCGUACCUGGCGCAGGCGGGCAGCGGCGUGGAGGGUGUCGCGCGGAAUCCGCGGCUCCUGGUGGCGACGGCGGCGACGGUGCGGGGGUUGGACAUGCCGCAGCUGAGCCAUGUGUUCCUGCUCGGCGUGCCCGAGGGCCGGGCGGUGGAGGGCUACCGGCACAUCGCAGGACGGGUCGGGCGGUUCGGGCGGGGGGGUCGGGUGGUGAGCGUGGUGGCAGAGGGGGAGGACGGGCGGAUGAGCCGGUCCUCCUCCUCCUCCUCCUCCUCACAAUCUCUCUCUUUCUCCCUCUCCACCGGCGAUGUCACCCUCACCAUCCCCACCACCCGUCCUGGUCAGCAGCCCUCUGUCUUUACCACCGUCCUCCCCGGCGUAUUCAAUGUCACCUACACUAUAACCCCUACAACCACAUCCACACCCACACCCACCACAUCUCCCACCACCUCUUCUUCGCCCUCACCUACUCCAGAUCCUUUCGAUACACGCGUUGAUCCCGCUUUUGCCGUUCUUGGUGUCAUUCUUAUUCUUACUGGCCUCCCUUCCGCUUUCUGGGGCCACAAAAACAGAUGGACCUCUUUUUUCCUCAUCGGCUUCUAUACCCUAUCUCUUGUUUGUAUAGUUCUUAUUCUAAAAUUCGGCGUAAUUCCUGCCAUAAAUCCCCCAACUCAAACUCUCAGAGGCAUGUUCGUUCUGGCUUCCUCCAUCGCUGGCAUCGCCGGUGGCGCAGUCGCCAUCUUCUUCUGGAAGGGUGCCAGGUAUGGUAUUGGAGCCUGGGGUGGCUUCGCUCUAGGUCUGUGGAUCCAGUGUUUCCAUAACGGGGGUGUCAUCAAAUCGGUCGGUUUCAGGUGGAUUCUUUACAUUGGAUGUGCUGUUGCCGGUUUUGCUCUAUCUACCAUCCCAAAGAUCCAUUACCAUGUACUUCUCAUCUCCACGGCAUUCGUUGGCGCUACUUCCUUCAUGCUCGGUGUCGACUGUUUUACUACCGCUGGCUUGAAGGAGUUUUACGUCUGGAACCUAGGCUUUCCUGCCCUCUUUCCAAAGUUUACUGAAAACCAUAUCCAAUUCCCUGUCUCCCAAACUAUGCAGAUCGAACUCGGCCUCAUCGGUGCCGUCUCCUUGAUGGGCAUAGCCGUUCAACUCCGCAUCCUAAAGGUUCUUCAGAAGAAGAUGCAGGAAAUUGCCGAGGAGACUCAGAAACGAGACGAGGAGGCUGAACUCCGCGCUGCAGAUAGGCUCGCAACUGUCGACCAGGAGCGUGACGCUUGGGAAAAGGACCAUCCUACCCUUACAAAGCAUGGCCGACAGGACAGUACCAUGUCCUCUCUUCCGCUGAUGAAAGAGCGGGAGGAUUCGGCUUCCCCCAUUCCAGAUCCCCGCUCCUCUUAUCUCCUCGAUGAGCCCCGCCCCCGCCAUGCAUCAGGUCUAUCCGACUUCAAAGUUGCACCUACUCCGGAAGAUGACCUUAGGCGUGCUGCCCGUAACAGCAACCAGCCCGUUGGUUCCAUGCUUCCCAACUUGGACCUCGGCACCCGCAUUCAGGAAGACGUGCCGUCUAGUUUUAUUGCCGACGACGUCAUGGCUCGCCCAGUGCAGGUGUCAGCCUCUGAACUGGAGGACUUCAAGCGGAAACAAGAACUUUUGGCAGAGAUUCAAACCAUACGUCGGUCAAUUGAUAUCUUAAAGUCGGAAACACCCAUACCGUCCUCUUCGGAAGCAUCCCGACGCCCAUCUUUCGCGUCCAAGCGCACCCUUAGUCUUGACGCUACUAAUGUCCUCCAGCAGCAACCAUCAUCGCACGCGAGACCACCGCGCGAGGCUGCCCCUCCUCGAGCCCGCGUGCAUUCCAUGGAACUUUCUUCUUUAGUAAACUCACCCAAUGACCCGAUCACUAGACCGACCAGCGUACCCCUCAAAGACUCUGACUGGGAUUCGUAUAUACAGGAACGUAAACUAUUACAGCCACCGGCUGGCAUCACCCCUCCGAUCGUGACCAAUAGAGUACCCAUGGCCCCAGCAGUGCAAGAAGCACUUCAGCGCCGGAAGAGGAGGGAGAGUGCUCUCGGUGUCGCCGCACCUAGCACUGAUUCAUCGGAAGAUGUUCCCCUGGCGCGAGUGAUACAACAGAAGCCUAGCAAUCAGCUGGGACCGGUGACCAUCCUGCCGCCUCGGCGAGCAUCGGCCAACAUCAUAUCCCCCGUUCCCCAGUUGGCAGCCAACACGCGGACCAGAACGUUUGAAGAAUUGACCGAACGCCAUCGCGAAAAACUCCGGGACAUGCAGGCGCCAUUGACCCAAGCCGAGAGGGAGCACGCCGAACUGGAGGCUGCCCGACAACGAUGGGACCGGUCAAAAGCGCUUGAAAAGGAAGCGGUCACUCGACGACAGGCAGAAAAAGUGGCUGCAUUGGAAAAGAGGAAGAAAAUGGAAGGAGGAGGAGGAGAGCAUUCACGACGAUCGUCUGGGGAAGCGGGUCGGCGACACUCGCGAUCAUUGAGCGCAGACAAGCUGGGGAACCAAGGAGGGACAUCGUCUCGACGGCUGUCAGCGAUGAAAGUAGAAGACUGGCAGCGGUAUCAGCAGGAUGCCGAAAUGGGCGUCAAAACUGAGCGUGGAGGAGUGCCAUUCCCGCAGGAGACGCGGCGGAAAAGCAGAGAUGCAUAA